CAUGGAUCGAACGCAAUGGCCGCCGACGGGAGAUUUCGGUAAGUCGGAAGGGUACCUGCAGAUAGUGUGUUUCGAUGGAAGGGUACGUGGUGUCUGGAAUCGUGACGGACGCUGAUUCUCUAACGUUGGGAAGUAUACACAAUUGCACACUGUAGUCUUUCCCGCGCCGCCCAGUCAUUUCUCACCGUCCGUUCCACGGGAUCGCUACUAGGCGAGCCCCUGGCCAUCACCGCGUGCCAUGUCUCUAAUACCGACCGAUAAUUAAACGUACCAACUAUAGUCUUUUAUCCUCCGCUUACUGGUCUGGUCGCAAGCAACCGUGUGUACAUUGGGUCCUUUAUUGACCGGCUUCCUGUGCUCUUUCUCCCAAGACGACCAGCUAGGCAAAAACCCACAGACAGAUGGAAGUGCCAAAGCCUGGCCAAUGGCCGGUUGAUCCACAGGAAGAUCAAGAGAUACGGAAGGAUCGCAUAUGGGUUGAUGGAUGCUUUGAUUUCGCGCACCAUGGCCAUGCUGGCGCUUUACGGCAAGCCCGUCAACUUGGGAACGAGCUCUAUGUUGGCUUGCACUCAGACGAGGAAAUUCUACGGAACAAGGGCCCUACAGUCAUGACUCUGGAUGAGCGAGUUGCUGCCGUGGAUGCUUGUCGGUGGACUACCAAAUCCAUCCCUCAUGCCCCUUACGUGACAGCCUUGCCGUGGAUUUCCCAUUACGGAUGUUAUUAUGUGGUCCACGGCGACGACAUCACUUCUGAUGCUGAUGGCGAAGAUUGCUACCGGUUUGUGAAGGCUGCUGGGCGAUUUCUCGUUGUCAAGAGGACCCCUGGCAUAUCUACCACCGAUCUGGUCGGCCGAAUGCUGCUGUGUACCAAGACGCACUUCAUCAGAUCUCUGGUCGAGGAGCUUCAAGGCAAGACAGACACUACCGAAACCCCUGAGAAAGUGGCUGCACGCGCGGAAAUGCUACAAAGGAUCAAGGAGUUCGCCAUGGACGAGACAGCGCGGAAUCCAGGUUCCGAAGUCUGGACCUGGACAGGCAAGGAAACGGCAAAUCCUGCAGAUCAAGCCACUGAAGCCGGUUCAUAUCACCAGCUCGUUGCAGGCAACGGUCCGAAGCCAGGACAACGCAUAGUCUAUGUGGACGGUGGCUUCGAUCUUUUCUCUUCGGGACAUAUUGAGUUUCUUAAGCGGGUCAACCAGGCCGAAAAAGGCGAAGCAUAUGUCGUGGCAGGCGUUCAUAAUGACGAAGUGAUCAAUCACUGGAAAGGAUUGAAUUAUCCUAUCAUGAACAUUUUUGAACGAGGCUUGUGUGUUUUGCAAUGCCGAUAUGUUCACGCGGUUGUGUUCGGAGCCCCCUACUCGCCAUCCAAGGCUUACCUGGACGCAAUGCCACUGGGAAGGAUUUCCGCUGUAUAUCACGGCCCAACUGACUUCAUGGGCUCGCCUUUUGAUCCAUACAAGGACGUAAGGGAGCUGGGCAUCCUUCGUGAAAUCCCAAAUCAUCCCUAUUCACACGUCAAUGCUGGAGAGAUCGUAAUGAGGAUCAUGAAAGGGCGACAGGCGUUUGAAGAACGACAGAGACGAAAGGGCGAAAAAGCUGUUGGGGAAGAAGCAGCGCGGCAGCGGGAGCUUCUCGAACAACAACAGGCAGCCGAGGAGACGAAACGAAGAAAGGCGGCGAGCUGAUUUGACAGAUAUUUGCUCUCGUUGUCAAUCGUGCUGCUCUGAAUCUACAAAUGUCCAACGCCCCUCUGUUCAUAGACUCUAGGUAAAGCUCCGGCAGGGAUAGCUGCAGAAGUUGUCAGUCAAGUCGACUCCUCCAGCAUCACACAACUUACUUGUCUGUAUAACUUACGGGCCCCAGCUCGUAUUUCUUGCCCUGCGUCCACCCGAAAGUUGCUGGCUUUGGCGGCAAACCAUCCUCACCAAGCACGACCGUUGGAGUCUUCUCCCGUUCAAAAUACGCCGCCAGUCCUUUCUCGCCUUCGUGCUUGACAGCCACGAGUUGUUUAGAGCCUUCCUCUCCGGCCAAAAGCUUUGGACUUGGGUUUGCGGCGCUUCCCACCGUCAACAGCCCCACAACAUCGCCCUGGGUGAUCACGCUCGACUUUGGGUAUGCUCUUCGCACGUCUCUCUUCCAGUAUGGGUUGUCUGCAAUGUCUGCGGCCGGCGUGGUCACCGCGUCUGAUGGAUCGUAUAAUUGAGGGUCGAGGCCUCCAGGAGGUGGGUUUCGGAAGUGCUUGACGGGGAUACCAUUGCUUCGGGAAGGGUCAACUGCGAACAGUCUGCGAAUGGUCUCCCAGAUCCCAUAACUUUGCUGAGUAUAUUUCUACAACCAUCAGUAUUGCGAAUGAACAUGUCCGAUGGGAGCAUUACCUUUGCGACGUGGACAACGUCUGUGAGAGGUUUGCCCGCCAUCUGGGCGCAAGACAAGGGUUUCUCCCCCUGAUUUCCACCCGUACGCUUCAGACA